CAAUUGACUGGAAGUACAAACUAUCAACUUUCUAUGUUUAGAUUUUUGUAUUGUUUUGGUAUGAUUAAAAUUAUCCGGAAACUGUAUAUGAAUAUGUAACCAGGAAGAGGUUAGUCAUGUCAGAACUACUCGGGACGUUAAUACACAAUGGCUGGAUUCAAUAAUGUUUGUAUGAUAUUUUUCAUAAUCUACAUUGGUCAGUAUAUACACAUUUCAAAUGAAAUAUUACUCGAAAAUAGGGUGUUAUCUUCGGUACGUCAGAAAUACAUCAGCUUUAGAAAUUAUGAUCGAAAUGGAGUAAAUGCAACUUGGAAUGCCGUAUCUGAUGUUUUAAUGUGGAUAAAGACUAAAAAUCGAUCUGUACAAUGGAUUCAAUAUCUUGGUUGUCAAGUGUUAAAUGUAACAGCAGAAAAGGAAGCAAAUAACACAUAUUUUCCGGUUGAUAUCGGUAAUACAUCAUAUCGCAUACAGAUGUGUGUCACCAACUGUAAUACGAUUGACAAAACAAUUGCUAAUUUUGGACUGAAGGAUAGUACCUGUCAUUGUUUUAAAAACAAAUUAAGAACAUCAAAUGUUACACAUAAAUGUCUUGGAGGAAUCAGCGAAAACCGUUGUGAUAGCAACAACACUUUAAUGCUUUACAGCAAAACAGAUGAUUAUACUGAUAAUACAACAGAUCAUGGGAACAAAUGUGCAGCAAUACAACUGACACCAGAUUGCAAUUUUACUAUCUUGAAUAUUCAUUGUAAUACGGACUUACCGUAUAUCUGUUUCAGAUGUGACGAAACUAGAAGUGCACACAUUAUAGAAAAGCGAGAAAAAUGGGUUGAAUCCGCAAUGGAUUGCACGAAAGACAUACACAACUUAAGUAAUACGACAAACCAACUUAAGGAAGGUACCUUCUGGAUAGUGAUUCCAAGAAAUGAACAAUUUCUAAUGAAAUACGGAGAUGCAGAGUCUACGUGCAUAGUGACAACAUUUUCGAAUAGUAUAGUCAGUCCCGUGAUAAACGACUGUUUUAACAUGUCUUACUAUAUGAUGUGUAAUAAUACAGAUUGGACCAACAAGUCAUCACUAUCGACAAGCAGUUACUUUUGUUCCACGAAAGAAUGUAUACUGUAUUCAAUCAGUAUUGUAGCUGGAAUCAUCGGAAUAAAUGUUUUAGCAGUGCUAGUAUGUAAUGCUUAUAGAAAUAGAAAGACAGUUCGAAUAAAAGAGCGAGCAAAUAGAACAGUAGAGGAAAUCCAACUGGAUGAAAUGCCCACGGCUUCAAGCAAUUUAUAUGAAGAACAUUUUGAUGCCGAUAUUAAUCAAAUAAACCAUGCGGAAUCAGACGAAUUCAAUAAUGCUGAAAAUGAAAUCAAUGGCAGCAAAUCUCGAGUUAAAAUAGAUGCAAUAAGACAAAAUAAAAAAACAGAAGAACAAGCAGCAGCCGAAAAUCAAUACAACAGCUUGAAUCAUACUUUAAGGAAGCCAGAUGAUGCUGCUAGAAAUGAUGUGUACGACAAAGUAAAGCCAGCAGUAAUAACACUCAUCAGGGGAGACCGAUUUAUUGGAACAGAAUAUGAUUCUGUUGAUGUACUCAAAGAGUAACACUAAUACACACUUGUCAAAGUUUUAGAUAUUAAAAGAUUUUCGCUAUUGGUUUAAUUGGCAUAAGUUUUUAAUGCUAAGUGUGUAAAGAAAAGAAAUGAUGAUGCAAAAUAGAUUGAAUUGACAGGUUUAUUUUAUUAAAUUCAAAAAUUGC